UAUUCAUUCUACUAUUGUCACCAUGUUUUCACGAAUCUUUUUACAAAAUAGUUUCUAUCGCCAUUUUCUAUCUACUUUUAAUAAAAGAUAUUACAAGAAGAAGUCAUGGAAGGUAAGAUGUAUGCAGUUUUAAUCAUAACUGAAAACAUUGCCUUGGGUAACUGGUUAUUAUUGAUCUUAUUCACAUACUGCGGCUUCGAUAUAUUCACGAUCAAAGUGUAAAUUCAUGGCCUUUUUCAAAGGUAAAAUAUUGCACAUGAUCACAUUUUCACAGACCUAAGAGAGGCUCUAACAUAGAAAUGUGUUUUGAAAAACUGCGAGGCCCAAAGACAACCAACGUUCUUCGAGCUAAGGCUUGCUAGUCACCAAUCCCCCCAGAGUAUUGAGUAUGGAAGAGCUGAUUGACAAAUUGUCAUCAGGCUUUUAGACUUGAUUACCAGCUGCUGUUCGGGAAAUGAGCCCGCACUCAACCCCCCCCCCCCCCCCAAGUCACAAUCAUUUUUUCUCGCAGGGAUGGAACAUUAAACUUGAGAAAACAGCCGAAACCGAACCUAUUAGGCUUUCAGCUCUUUAAAUAGCUAUAACAGGGUUCUUUAUUUCUAAUAUCUUAUCCUUUGUUUUAGAUGCAAAGGAAAAAAGCUUCUUCUUUGGAAAAUUUUGAAACCUUUUAUGCUGACCAGUUUGGUGAGAAAUGGCCUAUGAUUUUUGAGUCACUUAAAUUACCAAUCCAGCACUGUGCAGUGGUCAACAAGUUUUCUGCAGUUGAAGAAGUGCAGGAAAAACUCUCUUUGGUGGCAGCACGGCCUCAAAGUGUAGAACCUUUUACAAGCACCCUUAGUGAAGAUGAGCAAAGUCAACUUAUGUUGCCCUGUUACUUUCCAAGUUCUGAGGAAAGUGUUAGAUUUCCCAAGCAAGGAGAGACAAGCAAUGGAUUUUUUGAUUACUAUCUUCUGGAUGCUUCAUCUCUCCUACCCGUUUUAGCUCUUGACAUUUGUCCAGACAAUACAGUGCUUGAUAUGUGUGCUGCUCCUGGAGGCAAAAGUGUCCUGAUAUCACAGUUUCUUUCAAUAAGAGGUUGUAUUAUUGCCAGUGAAAUUGCAAACCAGAGAAGGGCAAAUCUUAUUAAGGUAGGAGUGAUUAACCUCUGAGGUAACCAUGGUGAUUUGUUUAAGAAGCAUGCUUCUCAAAUGUGUUAGACAGCAAUUUUGUAUUGUGGCAAUUCAUCCACAGAAAAUUGUUAUAAUUAGGUUUUUCUAAUUUGAAAGACUGUUUGAAUAGAUUUAAAAUUAAUUCAUCGAGAGGGAGGGUCCUGGGGUGUGGCCCUCCCCACUCCCACAUAGGAGCUGUGAGUUUUUUUAACUUCAUGUCAGACGCCAAAAUUCUAGCAACAACAGGAUUGCAUGUGACUACUCAAUAUGAAGUAUUUAAAUUUAAUUGUCUUGAAACAUUUCUCAGCUUACUUAGGCUAUGGUAAAAAAAAAUGUGUUUUCUAAAUUAAAGCUUUAAAGCUCAAAAAUUUCAGGAUUUAUCCCUGAAAAGGUUUAUGUAUUAUUGUUCUUUCUGAUCUUCUUGGUUAGGUAAUUAAAGACUACAUACCAAAGAUCUCCAAAACUAAAGACUUGGUGCAUGUCAGGAGCUUGACAGGUUUCAAGUACGGCGAGUACGAACCAAACACGUAUGACAGGGUAUUACUUGAUGUACCAUGUUCUGCUGAGCGACAUAACUUGCACACAAACUUUGAGUUUAGUUUUUGGUCAGAAAAACACUCUGCAGCAAACGCUAACAUACAGAAGAAGCUUCUUAUGUCUGCGUUACAAACAGUUGUUCCUGGCGGUAUAGUGGUUUAUUCUACUUGCUCCAUGUCGCCGAUAGAAAAUGACGGAGUCAUAGAUGAGGUUUUAUCAAAAUGUUCAGAAAACAAGCAGCUCAAAGUUGAAGUUGUGGACUCGCAGUUUGCAAAUAAUUCGUUUGCGAAAAUGUUUGAUUACAGAACGACCAAACACGGGGUACUUGUCGUCCCUUCCAAGACUAAGAAUUGGGGUCCGAUGUAUUUUUGUAAACUUCAACGACUGGCUAUCGAAUCUGAGCAAUUCUAAACCAUAUCUGAACUCAGAUACUUUUUUUUAAGUGGGUUCAAAUGUGUAACUCUAGAGAAGUGUACACGAUGAUUUGAAAUACAAAAUCAAUAUCAUUGAGCGUAUCAAACGCCAUAAUAUGACGAAUUAAGAUCUUUUAUCUACCCGAUUGAUAGAAGAGAACGUGAAUC